AUGCCUCGCGCGCUUGUAGUCACAGCGGACCUCGAGACACCAGCGCCUGUCACUGCUCCAGCCGGCAGCAACGAGCGCGAGCUGAAGUCGCUACUUUGGCUGCGUCCACGCACCUCUCGUGACCUCACUUUCCAACUUGCUUCCUAG